CGACUUUCGCGCUCUUCCAUUUCACCAAUGUUUUCCGAUUCGGAUUCAGACGCAGGAGAAGAGGAUCUCCAGCUCACCAUCAAUGAGCAUUAUGCCAAAGCAUUUGAAUAUAAAAAAGAACGAGAGGAACUCGAAAAAUUAAAAGAAAAAUAUGGGUCGGAUGCUGAAGAAGAUGAUGAUGAAGAGACUGACUCCGAGUCGGACGAAGAUGAGGAUGAAGACGGCGAAGAGCUAACGCCUGCCAUAGAUGCAGCCAUUCUGCGGACUCUUGCACGAAUCAAAAGAAAAGAUCCGGAAAUAUAUAAUGCAGGGACGGGAAUUUUUGAAGAGGAGCAGAAAAAAGUCAAUCCAUUCCAAACCCGAACGAAGACUGUCAAGGAUAGGUCCAAACCUAUAACCGUGCGCCAAGUCGCGCUCGAAGCAGCGCUAAAUACAGAAUCUCGAACCCCUUCACCCGAACCACAAUCGCUCACUCACGUUGAAGAACAACGCCGCCUUCGAGAUGAGGCUAUCGUCGCUUUUCACGGUAACAUUGACGAAGAAGAGGGCGAUGACUUUCUAGUACCGAGAGAUAAAACAAAAGAUGAGCUGGAAAGGGAAGAAGAGGACUAUCGUGCUUUUCUGGAGCGAAAUGUCGGGACGGACUUGAAGGAACUGGUUACAGUCGAUCCAGACGCGAUUUCUUGGGAGGCGGAGGCAAGUACGUCCAAACCGGUAAAAGUUGAUGGCAAGAAGAAGAAAUCUAAAGAAGGCAAGAAGGAUAAGAAGCAAUCGAGAGAGGAGGCGGAUCAGGAAUUCCUCCUGAAUUAUAUCAUGAACCGCGGCUGGAUCGACCGAACUUCGAAACGCGUACCGACAUAUAAGGAGAUCACGUCGUCCAAGGGAAAAGAAAAGGCUGAGGAGGAGGAUGAAGAUCACCAAGGCGAAGGCGACAUGCUUCCAACUGUAGAUCCCGAUUUGGACAAUGACGACUUCGACGAAAUCGUGGAGCGUUUCGAGAGCUCCUAUAAUUUCCGUUUUGAGGAACCGGACGCAGCUGUGAUAAAGCAGUAUCCGCGUAAUCUGGAAUCUACCGUUCGGCGGGAGGAAACCACUCGAAAGGACGCCCGCCAAAGGAAGAAGGAGAGAAAAGAGGAGGAGAUGGAGAAACGUCGAGAAGAAGUAAGGCGAAUGAAAGCUCUGAAGAUGAAGGAAAUCCGAGCGAAGCUCGACAAAAUUGGGAAAGAAGGUGGUCGCAAUUUCCAGGACGACCCAGCUUUACAAGGACUCGAUUUAGAGGGCGAUUGGGAUCCCGGGGCGCAUGACCAGCAGAUGGCUAGCCUUUAUGGUGAUGAUGCCGAUUACGAUGAGGAAAAACCAACCUGGGAGGACGACAUUGAUAUCGGCGACAUAUACGUGUCGGACGAUAAUCAGCCCACGAAUCCGUCAAAGAUAGACAAGAAGAAGAAGAAAAAGAAGAAGAAAAAGGGAGAGGAAACUACAGAGGUAGACGGCGUGGACAUGAAUGAAAUGGAUGCUGAUGUGGAAAAAGAUGAUGAAGAGUGGGACGGAACUGAGGAGAUGCGAAAGAGAAAAUUAGAUGAAUACAUGGACGAUAUCUAUGGUUUGGAAUUCAACGACAUGGUCGGAGGUAUGCCAACAAGGUUCAAAUACACUAAGGUCAAACCAGAGGCGUUCGCUCUGACCCCGGUUGAACUUCUCCUUGCAAACGAUAAAGAGCUCAAUGAGUAUAUGUCCAUUAAAAAAUAUGCUCCUUAUCGAAACGACGGCAAAUGGGACGCUCAACGAAACCAGAGACUGCAGGAAUUAAAAGUGAAGAUUGCUCAGAGACAUGGUGAUAAUCCCGGACUUGGUGACAGUGGUUUUGCCACCAUCAAUGAGAAUCGUCCCGCAAAAAAGAGAAAGGGGAAGAAGGAGCGAAUGAAGAUGAAGCUACUUGCUGAACCGCAGGACUCAACUCUUGAUCCAAAGAUCGAGAAGGACUCUGGGACAUCUGUGAAGAGAAAACGAAAUUUGGUGGAAGAAGUGAAUGAAGACGAGGGCGGAAGGGAUCGGGAGAAGAAGAAGAGGAGUCGGCACAAAAAGAAGGAAGGAGCUGCGAAGGUAGAGAUGACGGUUUCUUAAAUUACAGAUGAUUGCAACUCAAGUUCCAAUUCGUGAAACUGCAAUCGACCUCGACCUUGAUGAAGUUGCUAGUGCCGACAGAGAUUACACUACAUAGAUUAUUACUAGUCUCGCGUGAGCCAGACGGCUGUGAACCCGUCCACAGCCGUCUGGGAGGAACCUCCUUGAACGAGGGGCAACCGUGUUCGGGCAUCGCGGCGUCACAUCCAGGCUCACUUCCCUUCGCCGUGGAGUCGUCGUCGAACAUUCCUCUCUCCCCUCUAUAUCUCCUCUAUAUCAUUCCUUUUAUACAUCUUUUUCC